AUGAUCUCGUGUGCUGAGCAGCGAAGCCGGCAGGGAGAGGCCGGCAGAGGCCUGGCUCCGGUGGCUCCCGUGUCCCUCCUGCGUUCGCUCCCCCAGGGCUGCUCUGGAAUUCUCUUCGCGCCCGCUGUUGCCAUGCACUCAGCUGUGCCUCACGGGACCGAGUCCCUGAUGAGCAGGCAGGAAGAGAAGGAUGCCGAGCUGGACCGGAGGAUAACUGCCCUUCGCAAGAAGAACCAGGCCUUACUACGCAGGUACCAGGAGAUCCAGGAAGACCGUCGGCAGGCGGAGCAGGGGGGCAUGGCUGUGACCGCGCCGGAGCUCCUCCGACCCGACGGCCUCACCAUCACCAUCAGCCAGGUUCCCGGGGAGAAGCGGGUAGUCAGCCAGAACUGGGCAAGGAGCCCCCUUGGGCCUGGAGCAGCCAACGAGACGCUCACGGAUGAGGAGCUGGAGGACCACACUGACACCUUCUGCUUAGGGGAGCGGGUGGAGCUGGCCGUGACCAUGGAAAACAAAGCCGAGGCCAAACGGAUCGUCAGUGAGAAGCCCACCAGAACAAGGAGCCAGGGAGCAGAAGGGUCACCCGGCGAGGGCUUGGGCCGGAGCUCUGCCAUGCAGAUGGCUGCCAGCUUGGAUUCUGCACGGAAGGGUGCUCGGGAGCCCCGGAGUCCAGGCCAGGCCCCCGGCUCAGCCGCCCACCGGCCAGCGUGGGGGCCCCUGGAGCAGGGCUGGGACUAUGCCCAGUGGAAGCAGGAGCGGGAGCAGAUCGACUUGGCCCGCCUCGCCCGGCACAGAGAUGCACAGGGUGACUGGCGCCGCCCGUGGGACCUGGACAAGGCCAAAUCCACACGGCAGGGCCCCAGCAAGCCUCGGGAAGAGGGCCCGGGCAGGGCCGGCGGCACCAGGGGUCCCAGGAGCCAGCGGAAACUACAGUCUCCACCAUUGCCCCCUGACGGCAAAGGUGGCACUACUCGGGGUGGGCAAUCUAGCAGAGCCUUGGUGGCACCAGCUGUAUGCAGCAAAGCUCGAGGGACGGAGAGGCUGACGGGCAGGGCCCGAAGGUGGGAGACAAAGGAAGAUAAGGAGGAGGUGGAAAGCCCGGAGGGAAGUCAAAGCACCAGCCAGACUCUGAACGAGAAGGAACAUGCACAGACACAGAGCAGGAUGGAACAGGGAAGACCCCCGAGUGCCCCGGCAACCAGCCCAGCUCCAGCAUCCCCAGAGGGGCCAAAGGGGGAGUCAGGAGCUCCAACAGCCAGCCCGGCCCCUGGCGCUGCACUAACCUCUGACUUGGUCCCCCUUGACCUAUCUCUAGGAGGCACCAGUAGCCCUGGGCCUGGGAAGAGCGUGGGUGUGUUCAGUCCAAGGCCUGGGGCCCAGGAGAGUCCGACGUCCUGGCCGGAUGGUUCCGAGCAGCCCCUGGGGUGGAAUGAUUCCCGGGCUGAGCAGGAAGUCCAGACUUACUCUGAGUCACAAAAAGGGACAGGGCCCUUAGAACCCAGAAAAGAUGAGUCUGGCAAGGCUGAGGCCCAGCAGGGCCUGGCACCACGAAGCAGGCCUCCCAGAGGAACUGGCCAAAGAGUGAGGGGCAGAGGAGGUGUGAGGGGCAGGACAGGGGUCCCUGGCCCCACAGGGAGAUGCUGAGCAAAGCUCCGGGGAGAAGGAGGGCCAGGCUGGGGAGAGGAGGAGAGAAGAACAGAGUCAAGAGCCUUCUUUGUGAAGGGUGUCUUGUUGCUGGUGGCUUGUGGCAGUCUAGCUGAGCAGUUUGGCAAAUUCUCUGGCCCGGUGACAUUGUGAGGGCAGGGAGCUGUCCUUCCCUAUACCUCAUGUGCACACACCUUCGUGCACAUGAGUGUUUUCACCUGCAGGUACAGCCCCUGGUGUAUUCCCCUGCCACACCUGGUCUCUGAGGCUGGUAAGCCCUGUCUUGCUUGGGUCUACUGCUGCCUAGGCCACAAGCUUCCCCCCUACUCCUCAUGGCAAGAAAGCAAGGCUGAGAAGCACUUAGCACCUGGCUCGCAUUGCCUCCCUCUCCAGCUGCCAGCUCCUCCGGUGCAGGCUGCCUCAGCAGCUGGCAUGACCAGCCCAGGCCUGGGUCCUUGCCCUCACCUCUGCCUUGCGCCCAGCUGACUCACAGCCCCAGACUCAGGAGGGCCGAACCAGGGGAAUCCCACCAGUCAGCCAGAAGCCUUGAGGAGGCUGAAGGCCAGAGAAAGGGAGGCCACAGUUGGCAGGGGCUGAGCUGGGGCUGAAAGAGCAGAGCUAAGGCUUCCCCUGGAAAGGUCUCCUCUCUGAAAAGGGGUGAGGCUGGGUGGGGAGGAGACAGUCUCCUCUCCCUACAGUAGGUGGGAGAGCUUACCAAGAGGGAACCCUGUCCCCAUGCCAGGUCAGACAGUGAGUACCCUAAAUGGGGGUCAGAGAGCAGUCCUGUAGCCCAGGGUCAUUUCCUGCCAUCUCCUACUUCCUCUCCCCACCACCUCGCCAAACCGUGGUCAGGCAAAAGCAAGGACUCAGGCAGGCUCUGAGAGAUAAGAGAUAGCGACUCCAGCUAAACAGGGCAUCAGGACUUGUCUUUCUACUUAAGUCUUCAUUCCUGCCCCUCCUCCAAGGCCCACCGUCUGGUGAAUUAUCCAGACUCUGCACAAGCUGUGGUUUCUCUCAAUUCAACAAACACUUCCUGAGCACCCAUUACCAGCAAUGCAGCCAGUGGGCGAUGGGGACUUUGCCAGCAAGAGGGAGGGAAGAAACCCAGUCAUUGGGCAGAUCCAGGCUGCACAGGAGCUGUUCUUGCCUGUAGGUGCCCAACAGGGGCCAGGGGCUGGGAAUGGUGGUAGAAGCCCAAAGGGAGCCAUCCUACCUCUGCUAGCAAAGGCAGGUACCCCUCCCUUUCUCAUUAUGUGUACUCUCUGCCCCCAAGCCCAUGCCUGGCUCUCCCCACCUGGCCCCCUCUGCUCUCCUCCUCUCCGGUCCUGCCAUGGUUGCUCCUGUCUACUGAGAGUGCCUUCCUAGGUUCUCUAGGGAGUGUCCAGAUUGUCCCCAGGACUUCUCCAUUGAUCUCCAGAGUGAAGCCUUAACCAUGGGGUCGCAGCCUGAGUUUCCUCACCGGCUCUCAUUCCACCCUCCUCAACUAUUCAGGAAGCAUGAGGAGGGGAUCAGGUUGUUUAAGGGAGUGCUUCUCACAUGUUAGGUGCAGAGUGAUGCAGAUUCUAAUUCAAUAGGUCUGGGGUGGACCUGAGGAUAUGCAAUUCUACUGCUUCUCCUGGUGAUGCUUAUGCUGCUGGUUCCUGGACCACACAUUGAGCAGUGAGGGUUUGGAGUAGCAUGUGUGGAGGGCUGCGACAAAGACAGACUAGACUCUCACGGCUUGUUGCUGGCUAUGCAGAGGAUGGGGAAGUACUGCCUCCGCUGGUGGGACCUGCUUGUCUUCAGAGCUGGGUGGGAAAUUGAGCCAGCUGGGAAGAUGCUUGAGAGGCCAGUGAGUGCUUGUGCCAACUUCCUGCAGUAGAGAGUGAGAAAGCUGGGUGAGAAUAGGAGGUGAAGGGGGGAGGAAGAGGUUGGUAUGGGGUUGAUCAAAGGGAUUUUGGAAAGGCUUGGGAACAUUCCUAUGUGUAUGGGAGGAAGACCCUUGUGAAGUGAAUAGACAAGAAUGAAAGAGUCCCAGUUCAAGUUUUUCUCUUGCCUUCCAAUCACACAAACAUGGCUUUGGAGCAUGGCCCUGGCCCAUGGGAACCCAUGACUCCCAAAGGAUGGUGCUGGGGUAGGGUAGGUUCAGGCAGGGCCCUUGAAUGCAGGUGUUUCCAAAAGUAACUGUGGUUGAGAACUCGAAUUCUGAGAUUCACAAACUGCUACCAACCCCCAAUGCUUCCGACUGUACAGACGUGCCAAAGCAUAUCUCACUACAGGAUGGGGAUUUAGUAUUUUGACAGAGCUCUGCUUCAGCCCUCACAGCAGGACAUAAGCAAGAGAGAAAGCUGGGCAGAAGAGCUUUGGAGAGAUAGGGCUUCUCUCCCUGAGGGGAACAUUCGGAAGGACCUUAAGGGAUGUCACAGGAGCCACCAGGGGCUGGAGAGAAUGAAGACUGGGACAGGACAUCUUCACUGGAGGAAGGCUGUAGGGCAAGGCAAGUAUCACUGAGCUUUAGUAAAAAAAAAAAAAAGGGGAGCCCUUCUUCAGAAUAAAGGGAGCCAGCAGCUAUGGGGGCCACCCCUCCUGCUCCUGGAUGGAACCAGGUAUGGAGCAGGAGGGAGACAUCCCUCCAAAAACCUCGGGGUCAUGGAAGGCUGUUUUUCUCUCUUCUUGGACCCUUAAGGCCUGGCUGGGAGCCUUCCUUUUGGUAUCCCUUCUCUCCGAUUAACAAACAAGGUUGCCCUUAAAGGUGGGAAGUUCUUCAUGAGACAGGGCUAUCAGAAGCCCAGGCACAGACCUGAAGGGAGUGAGGAGGGAGGUCGCAGGAAGUAGUGAGUAGUAGGAGUAGUAGCUCCCCAAGCCCGUAGGGAGAUGACAGCUCUGCCUAAGGCCUCAAAAUAAGGAGAGCAUCAGAGGCAGAAGGCGUCCCUGCCCUGGGCCCAUAUCCCUUCUCAGAGGGGAGCAGCAAACUCUCCUGCAAGGGAGGUAGGCUUUUUGAUGACAAGCAGCAUGGCAGAGCAGCACAAACAUGGGUCUUAGAAUCCGACAGACUGAAUCUGAAUUCUGUUUGCCAUCGACUAUCCGGAUGACAUUGGUCAAUUUAACCUCAAAAAACCUCAGUUUUCUUAUCUGCAACAUGGGGCUAGUACUACCUACCUUGAAGGGUCGCUCAGAACAUGAAAGAUAAGAGUAUGAGAAAUAUGCCUGGCACACACUAGGCUCUCUACUAAAAGUAGCCUAAAGGC